CGUCGCGCGCGCGCACACACGCACACAAACACCGUCCGCGGAUUCGCACCGCGAUAGUUGUACCGACCGACCGCCGAGAAUUCCGUCGCUGACUGUCGUCGCACACGACUUGGUCGAUCUUGGUAUUUAAAUCAUAAAGUUAGUGCAUCAUUUGCAUAUUGUUGACGAAUGCACCGUUGUGGCUGCGACGCGCGAUUUAUUGAAUUCUUUUCGUUUUGAAAAUUGUUUCGUAUUUUGUUUUGUGUGUGUGUGUGCUUUUUUAUUGUUCAAUAUCAGAUAUAUUAUGAUCAUGUACUGCCGCCGACGGGUGUCGUCCUUAUCGUGGUCGUCGUGGUCGUCAACGCCACAGCCUUGUUCCGAUCGCUCCGCAGUUGCCGCUUCCGGUCAUUGAUAAUAGCAUAUAAUACAUAUUAAAUUAUAAUACAAUAAAUACCUGUAACACGAGAAACCUAUGUGUGAUGAGCGUAAAACACAUACGCACAUGUAUAGACCACCACAUUUAGUACUCCACUGAAGCCGGAAUAUCAUCACACAUAACAUAAUAUUAUAUCGCCGCCCUUAGUGGACCGGAUGUGAAUACUCAUUCAAAAUUGGCCGCGUCAAGCAGAACCCCGUCCGUGUAGCAGCCACUGGCGAGACCAACUCGUUGGACUCGCACAAGGAUAUGCUGAAUAGUGAACCGUCAUCUGAGUUGGACAAACAACAGCGCAACGCACAGACAGAACAAGUUAAGAUGGCCGCCACCGAAGCCGGAAGCCCAAGACGACUUGGUCUCAAUCUCAACCUGAGCGUACAACCUCACGCGGCUGCAUAUCACUGGCCACACUCGACAGUGGCCGAAGACACUUCACCGUCCCGGUCCAAAGGCUGCACGGACGACGAUGAUGACGACGACGAAGAUGAUCGCGACAUUGAUGAUCGCGAUAUGGACGACGAUGACAUAAUGGACUGCCGGCAGGAUGAAGAUUGUUCACCCGAAGACGAGCAAGAUAUUUUGGAAAUGCAGCGCGAGGAACGUGAAACUCUCAAUCAGCUCGCCAGACAAUUGGCGUCCGGUUCGCGACUGAUAACUCCCAUGCUUCAACAUCUUGUGUACCAACACCCAGGACUAUCCGUACAACCGUCGCAGAUGCACCAGCAGCAACUGCAACUGCAGCUACAGCAGCCGUCCGCCGUGGCCGUGUCCUUGACGACGGACGCUCUGAGCAGACACACGACGGCGGCCGCUGCUGACCUGUCGCCUAAGUCCAGCCACUCAGGUGACGUGCCGAUGUCCGGCGGUCGUUCUGCAGACGUUCAGUCGCCGUCCGCGGCCCGGAAUAAUGAGGCACAGUCAUGGACGUUUGAAGAACAGUUUCGACAGUUGUACUCGGCGGGCAAUGAAUCCGACAGACGGACCUUUCUAGACUCGCUGUUCAGUUUUAUGCAAGAACAAGGAACUCCAAUUAGUCGUCUACCCAUCAUGGCCAAACGUGUGUUGGAUUUGUACACCCUGUAUAAGUUGGUCGUGCAGAGAGGAGGCAUCGUAGCGGUCAUCACCAAAAAGUUGUGGCAAGAAAUCAUCCGAGGCUUGGGACUACCUCCUUCAAUAACGAGUGCCGCGUUCACAUUACGCACACAAUACGUCAAAUACUUGUACGCGUACGAGUCGCGGAUGAACCAGUUCAGUACCUUGGACGAACUGAAUAUGGCGAUAGCGGGAAACCGGCGAGAGGGCCGACGGAACAAGUCGCUCAUGUAUUCGGACAUGCCACCGCCACCACCCGGCCACCCUCACCACCAUCACCACAGCCAUCACCAACAAGUUCACGGUGGUCACCCGCACUCGAUGAUGGGCGGGGGUGCUUCACAGCAGCCGUCGUCGCAACAACAGCAACAACAGCAACAACAACAACAUCAGCAACAGCAACAGCCACCGUCGUCCCAUCACCAUCACCACUACGCCAACGUGCUGGCCGCUGAGGAUCGGUUUCGGCACCUGGCCGCCGCCAUUAUCGACAACCACCAUCACGCGGCCGCAGCUGCAGCAGCCGCCGCGGCCGGUGUAGGUGUCGACCACCCAAGGCUGCGGAUGCAAUCGUGCAGUCCACCGCAGCAUCAGCAACAGCAAUUGCAAUUGCAGCCGGAAUGCAAGACGUCCGCGGUCGCGUUGCACCAGACUCCCCGAUCACCAGCCACCGCUGGACUUCCACCGCCGCCACCCAUGCCACCAUCGUCACUAUUCAACGGCCACCAGCCACCGUCGUACCAACACCUCCAUCAACAGCAGCAACAGCAACAUCAGUCCAACGCUGUCCAGUCCACCAACGAUCAGACAAACAAACAAAGAGAGCUCCUCAGCAUGCUAAUGUGGAUGGACAUUGUCAGAGCAAAUCAAACGGCAAUGCCGAGACUACCCAUUUCGAGUUUGCCGUCCAGUCCGUCAGCAGCUGCAGCGGCGGCGGCGGCUGCUUAUACGGCGGCAGCGGCGCUUAACCUCGCGCCCACGUACAAGGGACAACCGAUGUCGGUGGCUGUCGUACCAGAACAGAGCGAAGCUUUGAACUUGGGCAAAAAGAGGACGACGAACAACAACAACAGCGAGGACGAGGACGUAGACGGUGACGGUCCGGACGAGUAUCGUGGCAGACGCGAGUCGGUGUCAUCGGCGGCGAAGCGCAUCAAAACGGAACGGUCUUCGCCGCCCAUCAGUGGCUGUUCCAGCGAUGAGGAAAAGGCCGCUGGAAAGGUGACGACCAACGGAAGUCCGUCGCCGACCCAACCUUCAGCCGUCGACGACGCCGAAUACCGAUCCGACACGAGGCGUAGCUCGUCACCGAUCGACGAGGACGUGGUCGAGAUGGACAUCAACACGUCGGCUUCGGCUGGUCCGUCAAGUAACAAUGGCUUGUCGAUUUCCGUGACGCGCAGAACAAAAAACGGCGUAUACAUGGGCCAACUCACCAAAAAUAAUGCAUUGGUCAAUGGAGGAUUAAACAACAACGUGAAUCCAUUCGUUUUGCACCUCAACGGCGAUCUAUACACCGGACAGUUGCAGUUGCAACAGCAGCAGGUGGCCAAUAACUGAAGCACGUGAUUUUUCUCUCUCAACGGCAAUCUGCGAAGUGCUCCCGUGCAAAAAUGAUAAAUUCGUCUGAUUUUAAAAUAUUAUGCCUAUAUAAUAUACGUGUAAUAUAUGUAUCGUGUUAUUCUAGUACGAUUUGGACGUCGAAAUAAAGAUACAUCGUAUCAUGCAUAAUAUACGGGUCAUAUAAUGGUGUAGGUACAGUGUACACUGUACCAUUUGACUCAGAGACGAUAAAUACAUUGUUCUUCUUCGCGAUUAGCUUUCGACUGAUUUUAAAUAUUUUGUUGUUAAUAUGAAGACAGCACAUUGUCAAAAAAUAUCCCGUUGACUAAAUUUAUGUCCAUGGCCGAUUUCAGAUAUUAUAACGUUAUGUCGGAUAGUAACUUUGGUAUCAACACACAUACCUUUUUCUAACAAUAUUGUCAUAUUAUUGUAAAUUGUAAUAUAAUUCGUUUCUAUUUAAUCUUUCGUUCGAAUAAUACUUUUCUCCCGACAUGUUUUGUAUACGUGUUUGAGUUUGAGAAAGUUUGAUAUUUACACAUUGUAUGAUUCAAUAUAUUAUAAAGAAAUUGAAAAAAAAUGUGUAGUAUGGGUGUAUGAUAUAUUAUAGUAGC